UGUUCUUAUCGCCGUUGAACCUCACCAUCAUCACCUAUUCAAUUUUCCAUAUCCAUGUCCCAUGUCUUCAUCUCCUGUCUCAGUUAGCAACUCUCAAGCUGCUUUCAGUCUAGAGCUAGUAGUUCUCCAAUCGUCGAGUAGCCCUACCCGAUAAUAGAAACCCUUUUUUUUACUCUCCCCACCCCCUCCCCCUCUUCUCCCCCCAGCCCCAGCAAAGAAGCGCCUCCUACACCGAACCUUUUCCCAAGCUCACACCUACUGCAAACUUUCAGUUGCACGCCUCUCGGGAAGACGGGUGUCCCGCCAAUAGCCUCCGCCUGACCUGGCUUAAACCCCAACGACCCCCAAGAAGAAGGAUAAGGGGAAAAAAGGAGAUAAUGGAUGACCCUUCGAGCCGUGAGUCUAACAAUGCACCAGCCGACGAGCCACAGUGCGCGCCAAACGCUCCAGCCCCCGCCAUGUCGUCGGACUUGCCCUCCUACAUACCGUCGCUACCUCAAGGUCACGAGCUUCCAUUUGUGCGGCCAUCAUCGUAUCUCAGACCCAAAUUUCGGAGUCGUACAACGCCUGUUCCCACGACGCCAAUGAGUCCCAUUGAUGAAGAACAGUUGCAAGGCCUAAAAGGCUUGCGCAACUUUCUUCGGGUUAGAACUAGCUACGACGUGCUCCCGUUAUCCUUCCGCCUCAUCGUACUCGACAAUGAUCUACUAAUCAAAAAGAGCUUGGAUAUUUUGAUCCAGAAUGGUACUUCAAAUACACGAAUCGUGUCCGCGCCUCUUUGGGAUUCGCAGCAGUCUAGAUUCGCCGGUCUACUUACCGCGACCGAUUAUAUAAAUCUGAUACAAUAUUACUGCCAAUUCCCUGAACAUAUCGACGAUGUAGAGAAGUUUAGGUUGAGUAGCCUCCGCGACAUCGAAAAAGCAAUCGGCGUGCUUCCGCUCGAGACCGUGUCCGUCCACCCGUCGAAACCACUCUACGAAGCCUGCAGUCGUAUGCUUAAGAGCCGCGCUCGUCGUAUUCCUCUCGUCGAUAUCGACCACGAAACCGAGAGGGAGACGGUCGUGAGCGUGAUUACGCAGUACCGAAUACUCAAGUUCAUCGCCGUCAACACGGAACAGCAUACUAUGCUUCUCAAGCAGCCGGUACGGGAGAUCGGGCUAGGGACAUACAGCAAUCUCGCGACGGCUAAGAUGACGGACUCGGUCCUAGAGGUGAUCAAUUUGAUGGUGGUGCAUAACAUCUCUGCUGUGCCUAUUAUUGAUAAAAACAAUGUCGUGCUCAACGUGUUCGAGGCGGUCGAUGUUAUACCUUGUAUCAAAGGAGGCGCAUAUGACGAGUUAAAAUCAACAGUAGGAGAAGCGUUGACAAAGAGACCGGAAGAUUUCCAAGGUAUCUACACUUGCCAAGAGGAUGACAGGCUUGAUUCGAUAUUCGUUACGCUACGCCAGUCUCGAGUCCAUAGGCUAGUAGUCAUUGAUGACAAUUGGCAUUUGAAGGGCAUUAUCUCGCUGUCCGACAUCCUUAAGUACGUCUUAUUUACCGGCGUUACUAGCGACGAGGGCGAAUAUUUCCCACCGCCGUAACAAGUCGAUGGUAACUCGACGCUUUUUGUAAUGACGGUACGAUACCUUGGAAACUGGAAACGGCGGAAUACGAGGAUCAUGGAGUCAUAGUGUGUUAUUGGUAGGCAUUACAGAGGAGUCUGGCGUUCGAAAGACUAAAGUGGUUUAUAAGGAUCAGUCCUUUUGAGCCCGCAUAGGUUUUCAUUAUCUCCAUAUCCUCACGCUGAUCUAUCUAAUCGAGUACGACUACCUUGGGUUAAGGGGGGAUUAUAAGGAUCAGAUUUGGGGGGGCACGGCUUGGUAGAAGACGAAAAUGUCCGGAUUUACUACCUACUAUGAGUAUGACACGUCUUAAGAGUACACUAGAUUUUUAGUAUUCAAAGGCUAGGUUUAUGAUAUAACCAUUUAUCUAGCUAGCCGCCUUAGCUAACCUAUAUAUAGAGGAUGUAUAUGUUUGUUAUUC